AUGUCUCGCGAGACAGUAGAUGAACCGGGACGGGGCUCCCAGGAUAAACAGGAGGAAAAGGGUCAGGAGACGGAGAAGGAGCUGAAGUAUGGAGUGACGGAACUGAAGACGGAGAUCGAGAUCGCGUUGGAGACGAAGGAGAGAGAGGACAAAGAUCCUGAUUCCGUCACUAUCACCAGCUGCCCCCUCACGCCUACGACGCCGACUCUCGCCCAGAUCCCGACCCCGACGUCGACGAUCAACUUCAUCAGCGAGAAGGCGCCAGUGCUAUCGCUGUCGCUGCAGAUACCCGGGACCGGCCUGCUCGCUCCCACAACGACGAGCGAGCCCUCGUCCUCUGCGCCGUCGUCAGAGCCUACAUCCCCAAACCCUCUCGCGGACUCGGAUAUCCUCUCACCGCCAUCUGAGACACCUCCCUCCUCAUCGAGCGCCCAGGCCUCCGCGUCAUCCCUCUCCCUCUCUGCAUCCACAUCCGCAUCGACCACGGCCGGAACAACCUCGGAACAAUGCCUCGUUACCGCGAGCGCCCGGCCGUCAUCGUCUGGGGGAGGACUUAACGUUAAGUUCGCACCCCUGCCCGAGCUAGCACCACGCAAGCGGCGGUCGUCUACGCCGCUCGGAAUGGCGGCGCGUGGGCAGCUGAUGCGGCGGCGUAAGCAGAACGGGCAUAUGUCGGUGCAGCAGCAGCAGCUCGCCGCGCUGGCCGAGGCGGCGGCCGCAAACCCGUCUUGGACGGCCGAGGACCGGGAGGAGGAGCGCUUACGCCAGGAGGAGAUCGCGGCCCGCUAUGCACAUUACCAGGCGUCUGCGACGGCGCUGGCGGCCCGUGAGGAGGAGGCAUUGCUGGAGGAAGAAGAGCAGGAGGAGAGGGAAAGGGAGCGCAGAGGAGAGUUGAUGAAGCUCGAGAGGCCGCGGGGCGGUGAUGUUGCCGUGGCCGAACGAGAGCGCAGUCUGGGAAAGACCGUCAAGGGAUUUUUGAGGCGCGUCGGAAGGUCACGCGAUGCAGAGUCGGCGGCCAGUGGCAAGAAAGACAGUGGCAAGGACACGGAGAUCGCGUUGAAGAGACGCAAGUCAGAUAUCGGCAAGCGGCCGCGGGGCACCUCGUCGCCUACUGCUACGUCGCCGCCUGAGGUUCCUCCUGUGCCUGCGCUGCCUCUCCGACCGAUUCUAGCUACAAUUUCGUCAAAUGGGCCAGCGCAGACGAGUUCGAGGAUGAGCAUGAGCAUUUCCGAAGAGGUGUCCGAAGUGCGACGCCAGCCAGAGCCUGUGCGCGAGGAAGAAGAGAGCGGGGGUGUAUGGGAAGAAGAAAUCGGCGGUGCGUUCCCGAUGAACGUUGGUCAGACAGAGACCAUUGUCGAGGGCCGUGCUGUGUAUGCUUCCGUGGAGACCCCGACGACCACUACCACCAAGGUGGAAGGAGGAACAAAGAGCAAAGUCGACUCGAAGCCGGCAAAGUCUUCUGCGUCUCCGACUCCAAAGAACCUGCCGGUCAAGGCAGCAAAAGUAGUCAGCACCAAGUCAUGA